GCAGGCGAGCAUGAAGAACCCGAACUUCAAUUGUUUUUUGUAUUGCGAGACAAUCAGCAGUUGGAGAAGAGUUGUAAAUUUUACGCCCUGCGAACGAGUCCCUCAUGUGGGUCAAUCAACUGGAAGGUCAAUCAAACUAUCGGAACCAUGGAGGAGAGCAGCUCUCAGGAUGUCGUGCCUUUGUCAGCAUCGCCCCCCGUACCCACGCAGGCAGGGCAGAGGGAGGAUGACGGGAGUAAUGUGGUGAAGACUCAAGAGGUUCACAUGAUCUCUAUGCCGCGAAUCUUCGUCGACACGACAGAACCGUCCAAACGCAUGGAUGUAUCAAAUGCAUUGUCGUCAGAUGCAGGUGCCACGUACGGGAGUUUGUUACAGACAUUCGCCGCAUUAGAAGGCACAUCCGAAAUGCAGUCAGAGUCAGGUGUUGGCCUUAGCGUGCCGGACAGUCAGUUGCAACCGGAGUUAUGCACAGGCAAAGGUGAUGCGCAAGUACAUCUGACACCACAGGGAGGGGCCGCUGCGGAUGGUGGGAAGGGAGAGGAUGUGGAGGGAAUCCUCCAUCCUCGCAAUCUUGAGACCUUAACCGAUGAUUUCGAUUAUGGGGGUGAGGGUGGAAAUGACGUGGUCAAUACGAGGGGAGUGGGAAAGAAGAAAGCCGACAGUGAAGAGGAUGAUGAUGAUGACGACGACAAUGACGGCUGUGGUAAGAAGGGAGACUCCUCUAGAUCCCAAAAGAAUGGAAAGAAUGGUGACAGGGGAAACAGAGAAAGAAGGAAGUAUGAUGAGCGUUCUAAGAGGAGCUUUGUCUGUUACUAUUGUGGUGAAGGAGGUCACACUAUCACCUAUUGCAAGCCUCUUGAGGAGGAUGUAAGGAGUGGGGUGGCAAAGAAAGAUGCAAAGGGUCAUGUCUGUGAUAGCUAAUGGAAUAAGUUGGACCCCAGACAUCCGGGAGGUAUGAGGCUUCUUGCUCUUAAACAUGAUGAAAAGAUGGGAAAUUAAGAAGAAGAGAAAGACCAAUGUGAAUGUUCAUCUCCUCAUUGGAGACUUGCCUAAUGAACUAGUACAAAGAGC